AUGGCUCAGAAAGAUUCCUCUGUGAAUCCGUUUUCAGUUAUCAGGUUGCCUCUACAUUAAAGCAAGUGAAACAUGACUAGCCUGACACAGUGGAGCAAUUAUUUUCCAGUACCUGGAUUAUUAGGGAAGGACAUCCUUGCACAAUACAUCUAAUUAAAAAAUGAUCUGUUCCGUGCUGCUCUCCGCGGCCCCGCUCCGCAGGGUGACUGACCAUCCGCAGCGAUGCCCAGCGUGUGGGACAGCUUCGCUUCCUCGCUGCCUCCCAUUCCGGAGCAGAGAGAGAACCAAUCCUCACCCCCCUUCUCCCGGAGAAAGAGCUGGCAGCAGGAGGUGCCCGAUCGCUGUGCCAGAGCGGAGAGCUCCGAUUGUGAAUCCCUGGACAGCAGCUCGAGCAGCGAAGGCGAUGCAGAGUACCUGGAGGAAGUUUCUCUUCCAGACUUUGACUUGUUAAAUGACCCAGAAGAUGAACUCCUAUGUAACAAUCUCAUGAAACUAAUCCAAGUCAGUCUGAACAAAGCCAACAUCAAUUCCAAGCGCUGCUCCAGACUUGUGAUGCCAAGCCAACUCAUCACUCAAGUCAGCAAAGAGCUGCUUCACCUGGCUUAUAGCGAGCCCUGUGGCCUGAGAGGUGCCCUCAUUGACCUGUGUGUUGAACAAGGGAAGGGGUGCUACAGUGUGGGGCAGAUUGCAGUGGAUCCAAAUCUUGUGCCUACUUUUCAACUGACCCUUAUUUUAAGAUUGGACUCUCGACUAUGGCCUAAAAUCCAGGGCCUUUUUAGCUCUGGGACUUCUUUCACUCCAGGCUUUAGUCAAUCGCUGAAGCUGAGCACUGGGUUCAGAGUCAUUAAAAAGAAGCUUUACAGCUCUGAGCAGUUGCUAAUAGAGGAGUGCUGAAAGUGCCUCAGAGGAAUAACUGAUCAUUACUCUCUAAACUGGUGUAGCACACCAUGAGAAACUGGAGCAACAACUUAAGUGCUUUGAAAAAGUGAACAUAAGUUGGCUAAAAUGUGGCAGCUCCUUAGUCACCAAGGUUAGGGUGGCACAGGAUUGUACAAAAAGAAAGUAGUCCAGAGAGGGAAAGCAAGGAUGAAGCUCACUGGAAAACAAAACUGCACUCUACUUCCCUCACUCAGUGGGCAUAGAUAGCAAGUGAGUGCUAGCUUUAACCUUUCAGUGAUUGUAGAACAGGUUUUUAUUGUACUGACUUCUUCAGUUAGUCUUGUGACAGUUCUGAUGCCAGAUGCAGCAGCAGGACUGCGUUGGGGGUAGACAGUCCCCCUAUUCCUGGCUUUUAAAAAAACCUACAUUGUAAUCAAUGGAUUUUUUUUGGUGGAGGGAGGGUGGUGCAUGUGUAUGAGUGAUGGUUGAAUUUAAGGUCUGAUGGGACCGUAUGUGAUUUGAUCAAAGAUAAGCUCCACUACUGACAUUAGGGCAGCUAUACAUAGUCUUCAAGUGAAUGUAGAAGCAAGAAUUUUUGGGUUGUAAUCAGUUCAUAUGCUUGAAGAAAAUACUGGUGGGAGCUACCUACAGCUCUCCAAUACUGCAUGCCAGAGGGGAAAUGUGAUGUGAUGCUAUGGAUGAGGGCAGGAACCCUCACAAACAACCUGUGUACUAUCUUAUGUAGUGCUUCUAUUGAUGACAGUUUACAUUAAUGCACUUGAUGUUCAAGUGCAAGAUUUUCUAUGCAAUUGUAUUGUUUUGAGAGGGUUUUUUACUUUUCUAAUAAAAGCUAAUUGACAACUUG